UUCUCUUCUUCCUGCUCUCCAAACAUGUUUUGAAGAAGUUAAAAUAGCUGUGCUCACUUGGCAGCGUCCUGGCAGGGGUCUUACUACCUACUUGUGGGAUAGACAGCUUCAUAUUAAUCUAGCCUAGUCUUGUUUAGUGUCUGCGAUGUCCGGCCACGGUCAUAGUCACGGUGGUGGUGGGAAUGGCUGCGGCUGUGAAGGGGAGCACGAGCCCGCGGAGAGGGGCCUGGAGUACGCACUAUAUCAACGCAUUGACAUCGAGAAACUGCAGUGUCUCAACGAGAGCAGAGAUGGGGAUGGGAAACUCGUUUUCAAACCUUGGGAUCAGCGGACGGACCGUGAAAAGUUUGUGGAGAGUGAUGCUGACGAGGAACUCCUGUUCAACAUACCGUUUACUGGCAGUGUCAAACUGAAAGGCAUCAUAAUUGCUGGUGAAGAUGAUGAUUCACACCCUGCAGAAAUAAGACUUUACAAGAACAUUCCCCAAAUGUCCUUUGAUGACACGGGCAGAGAGCCAGAGCAAGCUUUCCGCCUCAACAGGGACCCGCUUGCAGAGCUAGAGUACCCCACCAAGAUUGCCCGUUUCUCCAAUGUGGAACAUCUGUCUAUCCAUAUAUCAAAGAACUUUGGUUCAGAGUCCACCAGGGUCUUCUACAUAGGGCUAAGAGGAGAGUACACAGAGGCUCACAGACACGAAGUCACCAUCUGCACCUACGAGGCCUCUGCGAACCCUGCUGACCACAAAGUUGAAUCUCUCAUCCCACAAACCAAUUUCAUAUCCUGAACAAUGGAAGGUGGAGAGAUAUGGAGCCAUGGAGGAGAUAUACACACUGUCUGACACGGGUUAAAGAAAUGUUUGGCUGUGCAUGGUGCACAGGGCGGGUAAACAGUGAGUUACUCAUUGCCUGGUUUGGGUAUGGCUACGGGUGUGUAUGUUUGACACUGGAUAUCUGAUGGUUUCUCCUCCGGAUGUGCCUAGUUUGCUUCCUCUUUGUUUAUAUCAAUAAAAAUAAUGGGUGACA